AUGGCUCCGUCCUUUGAAGCAUACGAGCAAGCAGCUGCUUCGCAGCCGAUCAAUGUCCAUCAAGCAAAAAUCAACGGCACACAUGCCAUCGAUUCGAUCGUACUUGAUGAGAGCGAGAGACACGACUUGGUUCUCCGGGUUUUCAGAUGUCUAAUUGCGGAUUUGUGUGAGCAAUUUGGAGGUGGGCACCCAGGAGGCGCAAUGACUUACUUUAACCGAGAUCGCUUCAUUCUCUCCAAUGGACAUACCUGUCUCUUUCAAUACACAUUCUUACAUCUCGUUGGCUGUAAAGAUAUGACAGUGGACCAACUCAAGUCCUACCAUUCUGAUAGGACCGAUUCAAUCUGUCCUGGACACCCAGAGAUUGAGAAUGAGGGUAUUGAACUUACCACUGGACCACUUGGUCAAGGAGUCGGCAACGCCGUCGGUCUCGCCGUGGCGACCAAACAGCUUGCAGCAACGUAUAACAAGCCAGAUUACGCGCUGGUUGACAACAUGACCUGGUGUAUGAUAGGUGACGCCUGUUUACAAGAAGGUGUCGCCUUAGAAGCUAUUCAGCUUGCAGGCCAUUGGAAGCUCAACAACCUUGCGAUCAUCUACGACAAUAAUCAGAUUACAUGCGACGGAUCUGUUGACAUGGUUUGUACUGAAGAUAUCAACGCCAAAAUGCGAGCUUGCGGUUGGAAUGUUAUUGAUAUCUUCGAUGGAAUCUCGAAUAUAAAUGGAAUUACCCAAGCACUUAUCGAAGCCCGCACGAGCGACCGCCCAACAUUUAUCAACAUCCGUACCAUUAUCGGUGUUGGAAGUGCGGUUGCAGGUCAAGCAAAAGCUCACGGCGCGGCAUUUGGUGCAGAUGAUGUCGCUAGCAUCAAGAAACAUUUCUGUAUGAACCCUGAGGAACAUUUUGUGAUCCCAGACUCGGUAUAUGACUUCUUCCGGGAAGCACGAUCUCGAGGUGAGAAAUAUGAAGUGACGUGGGCGGUGCUGGUUGACUCAUAUACUCGAAAAUAUCCACAAGAAGGCGCGGAAUUUCAGCUACGCGUGCGCGGUCAAAUGCCUCAGGAUUGGAACAAAUUCAUACCGAGCAAAGAAAAUUUACCUACCACUCCGACUGCGUCUCGAAAAUCGGCCGGUAUAAUAUGCAAUCCAUUGGCAGAAAACAUGAAAAAUUUUAUGGUUGGCACAGCAGAUCUGUCGCCCUCGGUGAACAUGUCAUUCAAGAACCAGGUGGAUUUUCAGAAUCCUGAGCUCAAGACAUCAUGCGGCCUGAACGGGAAUUACGCAGGUCGAUAUAUUCACUACGGUAUCCGCGAGCAUGCCAUGGCAGCGAUUGCGAAUGGAUUAGCCGCAUUUAACAAGGGCACCUUUUUGCCUGUCACGUCCACCUUUUUCAUGUUCUAUCUAUACGCGGCACCUGGAAUUCGUAUGGGUGCGCUUCAGGGUUUACAACAGAUUCAUAUUGCGACGCAUGAUUCAAUUGGAACCGGAGAAGACGGGCCGACUCAUCAACCCAUUGAGCUUGCAGCUUUAUAUCGAGCAAUGCCGAACCUCCUCUACUUCCGCCCUUGCGACACCGAGGAAGUAGCUGGUGCCUUCAUUGCAGCUCUAAACGCCUCCUCCACGCCAAGUAUGCUCUCUUUGUCGCGCCAGAACCUCACACAAUAUCCACAGUAUUCUUCUCGCGAUGGAGUACAAAAAGGCGCUUACGUGUUUAUUGAGCAAGAAGAAGCCGAUGUAACUCUCAUCGGCGUUGGCUCUGAGCUAGGAUUCGCAGUGCAGACCAAGGAUGUCCUCGAAAGGAACCAUGGCAUCAAAGCACGAGUGGUUAGCUUCCCCUGCCAACGUCUUUUCGACCAACAGAGCAAGGAGUACAAACAGAGUGUCCUACGGUCGAAGAGCAAAGCACCGAUUGUGGUCAUUGAAGCAUACGCCGUCAACGGCCACGAAAGAUACGCCGACGCUGCCAUCAGCAUGAGCAGUUUUGGAAAAAGCUUGCCUGGUGCGGAUGCAUACAAGUUUUUCGGGUACGAGCCGCUUGUCAUGGCUGAGAAGAUUAAAGACCUCGUUGAGGAAGUACGGCGCGAUGGAAUCGAGUGCUUGAGAGGUGAUUUCCGGGAUCUUAAUGGAACAUUGCGUUUUGGAGCUGAGCAUUAA